AUGACAUCUGAAGACACCUCCAGACUUUUUCCCCUGUGCCGCAUAGGAGGUGCCGGGGAUCGGUUGCAGUAUUGGCCUUUCUCAGCUUCUGACCUUUAUAAUUGGAAACAGAAUAAUCCUCCUUUCUCUAGAGACCCUGUAGCUCUCACUAAUUUGAUUGAAUCUAUUUUACUCACUCAUCAAUCCACCUGGGAUGAUUGUCAGCAGCUCUUACAGGUUUUACUGACCUCAGAAGAAAGCAGAGUCUUUUUGGAAGCCCGAAAAAACGUGCCAGGGGACGAUGGCAGACCCACCCAACUUCCUCAUGAGAUCGAGGCCGCGUUCCCCUUGACCCGUCCCAAUUGGGACUAUACCAUUGACCAAGGUAGGGGACACCUACGUCUUUACCGCCAGGUUCUCAUUGCGGGCCUCAGAGGCGCGGGAUGCCAACCAACCAAUUUGGCUCAGGUAAGACAAGCAAUGGAGGGUUCAGAUGAGAUUUCAACCGCAUUUCCAGAGAGAUUAAAAGAGGCUUAUCCCAUGUAUACUCCUUUUGAUCCUGAUAGCGAAGAACAGGGAGUAAAUGUUGCCAUGGCCUUUAUUUGGCAGUCAGCCCCAGAUAUUAGAAAUAAACUACAAAGAUUAGAAAAUGUACAGGGGUACAAUUUAGCUGAUCUUCUAAAAGAAGCAGAGAAAGUCUUUAACAAAAGAGAGACAGCAGAAGAAAAGGAAGAAAGAAUUAGACGAGAAAUGGAACAAGAGAGAGAGCGUGAUCACAAAUGAAACAGAGAAUUCAGUAAACUUUUGGCAACUGUAGUAGAGACUAGAGAUUCAGGGAGAUUAGACAGAUGCAGGGAGACUGGGAGGCCCCGGGUCGGACAAAACCUAUGUGCAUACUGCAAAGAACAAGGACACUGGGUCAGAAAUUGCCCCAAGAAGAGAAUGAGAGACCAGAGAAUAAGACCGAAACCUCCAACAGAGGUAUUGACUCUAGAUGAAGAUUAGGACAGUUGGGGCCAGGAGUUCCCCCCCCCACCCGAGCCCAGGAUAACCUUACAAGUGGGGGGCCAACCAGUGACUUUCUUAGUAGAUACCGGAGCUCAACAUUCUGUACUCACCCAUGCCUCCAGCCCACUGAGCGACCGAUCGGCGUGGGUGCAAGGAGCCACUGGAGGCAAGCAAUAUCGGUGGACCACGGAAAGAAAAGUUCACCUAGCUACAGGUAAAGUCUCUCACUCCUUCUUGCAUGUCCCAGAUUGCCCCUACCCACUCUUAGGCCGAGAUCUAUUGACAAAAUUAAAAGCUCAGAUCCAUUUUGAGAAAGACGGGGCUACCAUAUCCGGACCAUCUGGAAUGCCAUUACAAGUCCUCACCCUCUACCUGGAAGAUGAAUACUGGCUUUAUGAUAAGCCAAUUCAAACCCAAGAGUCUAAAGACUUAAACCAGUGUUUGACAGAUUACCCCCUCACCUGGGCAGAGACAGGAGGUACGGGAUUGGCAGUACAACAGCCUCCCCUCAUCAUCAAUUUAAAGGCCUCCGCCACCCCUGCCUCUAUAAAACAAUAUCCUAUGUCACAAGAGGCAUGUUUGGGUAUACAACCACACAUAAAAAGACUCUUGGAUCAAGAGAUUCAGGCCCCCUGCCGUUCCCCCUGGAAUACCCCUCUGCUGCCAGUAAAGAAACCCAGCACAGAGGACUACUGACCAGUCCAGGACUUGAGAAAAGUCAAUAAACGGGUAGAGAAUAUACAUCCCACAGUACCUAACCUAUAUAAUCUUCUGAGUACCUUGUCACCUACCCAUUCAAGGUGUACAGUCUUAGACUUAAAAGAUACUUUCUUCUGCUUACGACUGAGUCCCCAGAGCCAGCCCUUGUUCGCCUUUGAAUGGAAGGAUCCUGAGGCAGGCAUCUCAGGACAGCUCAUGUGGACUCGCCUACCCCAAGGAUUCAAGAAUAGCCCCACUCUCUUUGAUGAAGCGCUCCAUCAUGACCUCGCAGACUUCAGAGUAAGACACCCUUCACUGAUUCUUCUCCAGUAUGUAGAUGAUCUCCUACUGGCCACCACCUUCAAGGAAGAAUGUCGUACAGGUACUGGGGCCCUCCUACAGACCCUUGGACAGUUAGGAUAUAGUGCAUCAGCCAAAAAGGCUCAGAUAUGCCAGAAAAAUGUCACCUACUUGGGCUAUGAAUUAGAAAAUGGGCAGCGCUGGUUGAUGGCUGCACGCAGGGAAACCAUCUCGCGCAUCCCGCUGCUCCAGAACUGCCGACAACUGUGGGAGUUCUUGGGCACAGCAGGGUUUUGCUGACUUUGGAUUCCGAAAUUUGCAGAAAUAGCAGCCCCCUUGUACCCAUUGACCAAACAAGAUUCUUCAUUUACUUGGACAAAUGAACAGCAGCGGGCUUUUGAUAAAAUUAAGAAAAAGUUACUUUCAUCACCUGCACUCUGCCUACCAGACCUGACUAAGCCUUUUGAACUUUUUCUUGAUGAGAAUGGGGGCUUUGCCAAGGGGGUGCUCACCCAGAAAUUUGGACCCUGGAGACGCCUGGUAUCCUAUCUCUCCAAGAAACUGGAACCUGUAGCAUCUGGAUGGCCCCCUUGCCUGUGGAUGAUCGCGGCUGUAGCAGUAUUAGUCAAAGAUGUUACAAAAUUGACUCUUGGACAGCUGAUGGCUGUCCUAACCCCACACACAAUCGAGUCACUUAUCCACCAACUGCCCGAGAGGUGGCUCUCCAAUGCCCACCUGACUCAUUAUCAGUCACUGUUGUUGGACACCGACCAGAUCCAGUUUGGACCCUCAGUUUCCUUAAACCCAGCCACUCUCCUGCCUUUACCCGAGGAACAAACUUCCGAGCCCCACAAUUGUUGGCAAAUCUUAGCCGAAGUUUAUAGCACUCGGCCAGAUCUAAAAGACCAACCUCUCCGAGAAGCAGAUUUCACUUGGUACACUGAUGGCAGAAAUUACAUACUGAACAGGGAACGGAAGGCAGGAGCUGCCGUGACUGACGAGUCACAGGUAAUAUGGGUUAGUGCCUUACCAAAAGGCACAUCAGCACAGUGGGCAGAACUCGUGGCGUUAAUUCAAGCACUUCGACUGGCAGAAGGUAAGAAAUUAAAUAUAUAUACUGACAGUAGAUAUGCCUUUGCUACAGCCCACAUACAUGGGGAAAUUUACAGGUGGCAAGGAUUUUUAACCUCGGAAGGUAAAGAGAUUAAAAAUAAAGUUGAAAUUAUAGACUUAUUAAAAGCUAUACAUCUCCCAAAGGCCCUGAGCAUUAUCCAUUGCCCUGGUCAUCAAAAAGGCAAUAGCCCUGAGGCCAGAGGAAACUGCCUAGCCGACGAGGCUUCCCAACAGGCGGCACUAGGACCACAGGUACUGAUAGCCACCAAGGCCCCGGGAACCACAGACUCUGAACCCCCUUGGGACUAUACUGAUAAAGACCUGGACCUCAUCCAGAAACUGGGAGCAAAUUAUGACCAGGACCGUGACUUAUGGCUAUAUCAGGGAAAGAUCAUUGUGCCCAACAAAAUUGUUAAACAACUAAUUAAGCAAAUCCACCAGUUGACCCAUUUAGGAGUAAAGAAAAUGAGGUCCAUCUUAGAAAAAGAAGAAUUAAAUAAAUAUAUCCCACAUAGAGAAUCUCUUUUACAACAAGUAGUGGAUACCUGUAAAGCUUGUGCCCUAAUUAAUCCUAACAAAGCCAAACUAAAUCCAGGAAUAAGACUGAGAGGGCACCGACCUGGGGAACACUGGGAAAUAGAUUUCACUGAGAUAAAACCUGGAAUGCAUGGCUAUCAAUCUUUAAUACUCGUAGACACCUUUUCAGGAUGGCCAGAAGCUUUCCCAACGAAACAUGAGACGGCAAAAACUGUAGUAAAGAACUUGGAAGAAAUUUUCCCUCAGUAUGGAAUGCCUCAGGUAUUAGGGAUUUUUAGUGCGGUGGGGGUCGUCAGGAGCAUGUUGUAG